CGCGCGUGUCCGUUAGAGACGACGCCGUUUAUAGUUUAGAUUGAAUGAAAUAGAAACUUAGAUUAUUAAAACAAAAACAUAUAUUAUAUAUUUUAAAUAUAUUAAAAAUAAAUAAAAUAGUGAAGCGAAACCAGUGAUUUUAGUGAAUACGAAAAAUAUUAUGUGAUUAAAAAAAUACCAAACCAAAUAAAACUAUUUACAAAACAUACAAAAAACGAAUAAAAAUAAAAUAAGUGUCUCAAUCUCAAUUUGCCCCAAGAAAUUUCUGGAUUGUCCCCAAAAAGUUUCUCGAGUGUCCCCAAAAAUUUAUAAUGACGACGGUAUAAGCGUUGGUCGUGAUAGUUGGCGGUCCAAAAUGUUAACGAUGUCCACUCUAAUGAUGCCAGCGGCUACUAUGACGACAAUGACCAACGCUGGACCCAUACCAGUGGCUGCGGCUACGAAGCUGGAGCCCAAGUUACUGCAGUUGCCCCACCCAGCGCUGAUGCCGCAGAUUCCACAACAACCUCCGCAACAACAUCACCACCAGCAUCCGCACGGGAACAACAACAAACUCGAACACUACCACAUCUUCGUCGGCGACCUCAGUCCAGAGAUAGAAACACAAAACCUACGCGACGCGUUCGCGCCCUUCGGAGAAAUAUCGGACUGCAGAGUGGUAAGGGAUCCACAGACCCUAAAGUCCAAGGGGUAUGGAUUCGUCUCAUUUUUAAAGAAAUCGGAAGCAGAGUCGGCCAUCACAGCGAUGAACGGCCAGUGGCUCGGCUCGCGGUCUAUCCGCACCAACUGGGCGACACGGAAGCCACCCGCGCCGAAGAACGAACUGAACUCCAAGCCGCUGACGUUCGACGAGGUGUACAACCAGAGCUCGCCGACCAACUGCACGGUUUACUGCGGCGGGCUCACCACCGGCCUCACGGAGGAGCUGAUGCAGAAGACGUUCCAGCCCUUCGGCACCAUCCAGGAGAUACGGGUGUUCAAGGACAAGGGAUACGCCUUCAUCAGGUUCUCCACGAAAGAGAGCGCGACGCACGCCAUAGUGGCCGUCCACAACACGGACGUGAACGGGCAGCCGGUCAAGUGCUCGUGGGGCAAGGAGUCUGGCGACCCCAACAACGCGCAGACACAAGGACAGCUGGGAGGCACUGCGUACAGUCCCUUCGGAGCCUACACCGGCGGCGUGCCCCCCGCGUCGUACUGGUACAACACGUACCCGCAGCAGCUGGGUGGCUUCCUGCAGGGGGUCCAGGGGGUGCAGGGGGUGCAGGGCUACUCGUACGCGGGGCAGUUCGCGGGCUACCAGCAGCAGUACAUGGGCAUGGGCGGAGUGCAGCUCCCAUGGGCGCUGAGCGGUGGCGUGGGCGGCGUCGGUGGCGUCGGUGGCGUGGGUGGCGUGGGUGGCGUGGGUGGCGUGGCCGCCAUGUCGCAACCACCGCAAGUGCUGCAUUACCCCGUGCAGCACUUCCAAGUCCAACCGAUCGGUGAGGAUGAAUGGCUGGCGCCGAGCUUGCUGGUGUGAGGCCAGCGCCCCGCGCCCCAGGACCCCUGCUGCUGUCUGCACAAGGAGUGGAUCUAAACACCCCCCACCCCCCCACUCCGACGCUCUUUACACCAUUCCUAACAUUCUUGUGGUUUUGGUGCGCAUUCUUGUCGUUCCAUUAUGUAUUCUUGUCGUUUUAUUUGACAUUCUUGUAAUUCCAUUUUGUAUUCUUGUCGUUUUAUUUGAUAUUCUUGUAAUUUCGUUUUGUAUUCUUGUCAUUUUGUUUGACAUUGAAUUCUUGUCGUUUUUACAAAACAUUAUUGUCGUUACAUUUUGUAUUGAUUUUGGUUGUAAUACUUGAUUAUAAUUGUGUAUUUUUAUUUUGAAAAUUUAUUGUUUUGUCUGUAUAUAAAAUGCUCAUACUAAAUUAAGUAUAGUUUACAUUUUUUUCAAGUAAGUAUUACAUUUUUGUGCAUCUAUUUCAACGACCUAUUUUAAGAUUUUACGUCAUGUGCAAUAAAAGAGGUUAUUUACUCUGUGUGUGUCAUAAACUUACACUAUCUUGAAAUUCCUUUAUAUUUUUUGGCAUUCAAAGUAUUGAAGGACUUUUUUUGUAAACUAAAUUGAGGACAUAUGAGUCCACAAUAGUGGUCGAUAUCCUUUAGUACAAAACACCGUCCCUAAUUCGGACUACGAAGUUAUGGAAAGCCCUUCCAAUUUUUAGUUUUCCUACCAAUUUUUAGUUUACAAGACGUUACAUUUUAGGAUGCAUCUUAACUUAUCAUCAGCUAUGAUUGCAUCCAAGAUAUGUAAAUGGUAUAAAAAUACUCCAUACCUUUGUAGCGAGUAUUUUAUCGGUGAACCCGUCUGCGUUGAAGAAGCCGACAGUCAGGGAAUGCGGGUUUAAUCUACCGUUGUGAGUCAUUUAAAAAAUCUUUAUAUUCCUCUAUCGCGCGGAGCAUGAUACUGUGCUCGCCUAUUGGCCUUAGUUUACUUUAUAUUGUUUUACAUGUCACGUAACAGAUACGAUGGGCGACCGGUCGUCCAUUUAGGAGUCAAGAGGUUAAAAAAUAUAUUUUUCGUAACAUAAACGUUGUAAAUCAAAAAUUAAAUAUAAUAUACCUCUAGAUUUUAUUUUCACAUUAAACAAUAUGUUUACUAACUUUAAAACUUUUAAAAUAUUUUUGCUCAGUAAUAGGUCGUUGAAAUAAAUACGCAUUAUAGUGUAAACACAAUUGCUAUACCUAUAUAAUAUAUUAGCACUCUUCAAAUCGUUUGAGAAAUAUGAAAAAAGUGUUGCAUUUGUGUUAAAACCAACAUUAAUUGUGCCAUUUAAUUUUAAUCUAGUCAUAUAAAUUAUUAUUCGUAUAAUUAUUAUUUUUUCUAAUUUGUAUUAAUUUUUUCUAAAUUGUAUUAAUUUUUUCAAUUUGCAUUCAUCUUUCAUCUGUCAUUUUCGUUUUUGAAUUAAAUGAAUGCAUUUAAUAUAUGAAUGCUUUGUAUAAUUAACUGGCAUGCGUCAUUCCUUAAGAAGCUAUAAUUAUAAAGAUUUUGUGUUACGUUUGAAAUAUUCUAAGCUUGCUUUUGAUUAUACAAAGUGUUUUUUUUUUAUUUUUUUUUAAUGUUUAUAUUUCUAUUGAUUAUGUUUUUGAGCUGUUUUUAAAGAUAGAUAGGGGGGAAAGCGGCAAUAUAGGGUUCUGGGUGGUCGUAUACACGCUGGACGUCUCUAUUGAUAGAAAAAUUAUGUCCUAAAGUUCUGUGUAAUCACGGAAAUUAGUACAUUUUGGACGAACAAUGUGAGUCAACUCUAUUGAAAUAUUUAUUUCUACCGCUGCUUAUGAUUGUAUGGAGAUGCGUAUAAAUACGUAUACAUGGUGUUCUGUUUUAUCAGCACUGUCUAUCUCUUCGAAAGAGAAUAUGGGGAGUCUUAUCUUUGAUCUUCUAUUCUUUUUGAUGUGUUUAAGAAGCUCGUGUAGUCCUAGUCGAACGGAACACCCUGUAUAUCUAUAUCUAUGAGGUAAUUUUUAGAAAAUAUAUAUUAUUAUAGUUAUUUAAAUGUAAUGUAAGUUAUUAAUAAGUAUAUAGUGUUAAGUAAAUAUCAGACACACGCGGGCCAAAUACGGUUGCGAAAGUAGUGUGCGAAUUUCUUUCUUUUUUGGUUGAUUUUUUUAUGAUAACCAGACGAUCUCAGAGUAUAGGAAGAAGAUGGAUGGCUUACGACAUACCUUGAUAUUAAAACCACUUGCUAAUGCUGAUUAUCAAUGUAUUAUAUGGGAUAACAUAACGCGAUCCUCGUACAGAGUUGUGGAGUAGCAACAGAGGGAAGCGAGUGAAAUGAAUAAACAACAAUGCACAUUCAUCAAUUGCUGUUCGAACAUUUGUUGCUGCUCUCUCAAAAAUAAUUUGCCUUCACUUUCAAUGCCCAAAUCUACGAAUAGUUUGUAUUCUAUUUUAGACAACCGAUAGUAACCAUCAUGUGAUGGUAUAAGAGGCAUAACUCGACGAAGACACAUAUCAUUCACAAUGUGUUCUGCUCCCACCUAAGUGAACUGUCAGACAGAUUUACAUUCAAAGAACACAGAAAAAGUAAAAUUUGUCCGCGUAACUCUCUUUAUUUACCUCAUCAAUUCAAGGAUCAUGGGGAUUUUGGAAUGUUUUGGAAUCGAUUUGAUGGUACGUCAAUACUGCAUAGACGAUGAUUGAGUUUAUAGAACUCAACGGUUAAGGAACGAACUGAAAUUCGAAAAAAUCAAUCCCGGUUUGUUAUAAUGUUGUUAAUUGGAAAGAAAAAAAAAAUAUUAGACACGAAUAAAACAUAGCGAAGUUUUUAUGGACGCGUUGAAUCCAUCUGUCUUUUUCCUUUCGUCUGCGCUGAUAUGAAACGGUACCAAAACAUCUGCAACCCUGCUGUCAUAUAUUAAUGAAUGUUUCAAUACAUUUCGAAAUGAACAGUUUUAUAUGAAGCCGCAUUUAUGAUGCCUUCAUUCUAAGGUCCAAAUUUUCAUGUCGUGACAUUAAUCUAGACACCAAACAUAUGAGUAGUGUCAGUUGUAAAAAAAAUCAGGAUGAUUGAGAAUUGAACGUCAAUAAUAUUUGACGGUGGGCGCCAUGAUAGCACAAGUCUAGGUUUAAGAUUAGUGGAAAAAAAUGUAGAUUUUUGGAAAAAUGUUUAAUAGGAAACCUAGAAAAUGUAGGCAAGGUCAGAUCACGAGUGAGAAGUUUUUUAAGAAAAUUUUAUAUCAGCUGAGAAUGCUAGGGGUGUUUAAGACAAAUAGUAUUUAAAAAAGAAGUAUAUACGAACGCUAUACAAAGAGUUUCUAGUCGUUUUUCUUUUUCAGUUAACUGGACGUCAGACAAUGCCAAAUUCAGAUCUGUAAGUUAAAACUCACGACAUAUAAUGAUAACUACUGUUAUAAAAAAAAGGUUGUGUCUAAAUGUAAACAUGGACUUGAAGAUCAAUAUAAAAAAGAACUUUGAGGAAAUAAUUAAAUAAAAAUAAAAAAUACCGAAACGUAGACGAAAAAAAAAAUAUUAGAAUUAUUUAUCGGAUAAGUGAAAAGAAAAAAUAUUUAUUGCUUAGUGUUUAAGAAGCAUUUAAUCAUUUACUGUAGCUAGAUCGUAAUAGGGUGUGGGAGUGUGUGCGUAUGAAUUUCAUUUGAAAAAAAAAACUUUUGCUGUUAUUUAUUUUUACUGAUUUCGUUUUGUGAAUGUCCCUCGUUAGAGGAGAACUAGUGUUUUAAUGGCAACAUUAAUGAAGUAGUUGUAUUCACUACUUGUCUUUUUUGAAACUUUUUAAAAUGGGCGCACUAUCUUGAGACGUCGCCCAUCAAUAUGAUAUUUUGUAAAAGAUGUAUUUUAUAUAUUAUAUUGACGGUUAUUGUUUAAUCUGUGGUAGUUUCUUUUCUAUUUAGCAUUAUUGUUUGAGCAUGUAGUCAAAAAAACUUGUGAGACAUAUCGCUAGAGAAAAAAAAAACUAUAAUAAGGUAUUAUAUAUUUAAAAUUAUAUAUUAUUUCUGCUAAGGGACGAAUUGAUGUGUCAAUUUUUUUCAACCAGUCAAUCGAGAUGGAUUUUUGGCGUGUUUUAAAUAUUGUAUCGAUGCAACCAUUUGUCAUAGAAUUUAUUACAAAGUUGACAUGGAUUGAUAUAUAGAAUUAUUCUGAAAUGCAUUUAGUCAUCAUAUAUUUACUUAAAAACAACGAGAGAAAUCAAUGAAUUCAUGUUUAAAUGCAUUCAUUUAAUAUUUAAAACACGACCAAACGAGGUUGGACCUCUUGAAAUUCCAAGUAUAUAUUAAACAAAAAAAAAAUGUAUGACAAAGCGUUUAGAUAGUCAAAUUUAGCCGUAGUCAACGUAUAAUGAUGCUAGGUUUCUAUGGUUACAUGAAGAAAGAAUUCAUUUCUGCCUAUAAUCGCUUGAGUAGUUUAUAGUGAGCGAUACAUAUUUAUCCAGUUAGUUGUGUAAGCGUAUCAUAGGGACAUAGCUUAAGACAUGCCGACUGUCUUAUUUUAUUGGAUACGAUGUUUACAUCCUUGGAUCCAACUUCGACGAGUCGUUGCCUUUCUCUUGUUGCUAUAUACUUCCUUCUAACAUAGUUAAGUGCUGCUAUAUAUUUAAGAGUAUAAUAGGUACGGCUUUUUCGUUUCCGAUAGGUGUAACGGCUAAGGUAUUUAACAUUAACAUACAUAUAAAGAGAAAAACGAUGAAAGAAUCUACUCCAUUAUAAGAUGGAUUAUUAAUACGUUAGCUAGGUAAAAUUGCAAGAUUUAUUGAAGGAUAUUAUAUAUACAAAAUUAUUGUGCAAAGUAAUUACAUAUAUCGUUUAGAUAGGCUAUGAAAAUUUUAAGUGUAUUUCGAACUUUUUAUUUCGAUGUUUUGAUUUCUCCGAUAUGAUUUUGUGUUUGUCCAUUCCAUUGAAAUUAAGAUAUAAUAUAUAAUUUUAAGUCCCAAGAAUAACACCAAAUAUUUUAUAAUCCUCGGCGUAAAUUUAAAAUGUAGAAAUUUGGCGAUGGUCUAAAACCAUUUUCAUCUUAAAUGAAAAAAAAAUCUUAAAAUGCCUUAUAUGUAAAAAAGAUGAACAUUCUCACUAUCGUUGUUUUUAGUUAUUAUUUUUGUACUCGUAGCAUUGUGUUUGAAAUGGUAUCUUCAGAAAACGUGAUGACUUCGUACGACCCGUUGCAUAAGUGUGUCCAACAUAUUUUAUUUAAUUAACCACGCAUUCUACAUUAUCCAUAUUCGAAAUUACUAUUUCCGUAAGAAUAUAAUACAAAAAGUAUAUAUAAACAAUAACAAUAUUUUUAAUAAUUAUCGGUUUUAAAUGAAUAUCGUAAGACUGCUGCACUUUGAAUAUACCAUUUUAAGCACGCAAAGUGCCAAACUAUUUUGUUAUGAAUAUAUUCAUUUUAUUCUUCUAUAGUGUACCUUUCCGUCUUUCCGAGAUAAAGAUAACACCAAUGAUCAGACUUAAGCGAAUAAUCCUCUAAGAGCGAUUCUAAAUUGAUUUUUUGCAGCCUUGAAUUACCAUUUUACAUAUUUGCCAGUAAUACAUAUAUUCACGAAAUAUAUGAAUGUAAUUGAGAAUUAAUUAGUUUUCAUUUCAUAUUUAUUUUUUACAUAUACUUAGGUAAUUAUCUGUAAAUCUUUUUAUUAUUCGGUACGUGUAUUAUAUAUUAUAUAAAUAUUUAUAACCGUUUCGAGUAGUUAUUAGAGACGAGACAAUGUAACAACUGUUACAAUAUUUUUAAUGAUUUAUUCAAAUAAUGUUUAUUUAUGAAUUCAGGGCUGUAAAAAAAGUAGACUAUAGUGUUCGUGAAUAAUGUUUACUCAAUGUUUUUCAGUUCUUUGAGAAUCUAGUAGAGUUUUACCUUUUGUUUUUAGAAGAAGCUAGACUUUUGAUGUGUUGUAGAGGAAUAAAUAAAAUACCCAAAGGUCGCGUGCUUAAGAAACCUUGUUUUGGAACACAAAAAAUGAAUAUUUUUUGAUAAAUGUGUAAUAAUGGAUCCAAAUCCAUUCGGUGUCACGUACUCGUAGUGUCGUUUCUUUCAAUUCUGUGGCAAAUGUAGAUGUGAGAUAUUUAAGACGUUGGCUCUUCGUAACGUGUUGAUUGGCAGUGGCAUAAUAUACAAAACCUCGUUAUAUACGAUUUUUAACCGACUCCAAAAAGGGGGAGGUUCUCAAGUUGAUCAGUAUGUUUUUUUUUUACUUUUUUCUUUUUAGCAGCGUUGGGCACUUUUUGGUAGAUGGAAAUGUUAUGGGUUCGCGUCACUGACAUGCUCAUGACAUGCGCACACUCAGUGAUCUUUGCGCCUCAGACACUUUAUGAAAGGUGUUAACCUCGUGCAUUCAGAACAUCGUCAUAGAUCUGACGUAUAGUGCUGCAUAGGUAGAUAUAUCUUAUAAGAGAAAUUCAAUGGAUUAAGUAAAAAGUUUAAUAUGUACAUACGGAGCAUUGUUAAAACAAUGUUUAUAAGUUUUCACUUCUAUCAACAGUCUUUAUAAUAACUACUUUCUUAAAAAGAAUAUUUGCCAUAUCUUUCAAAUGUGCCCAAAAUUCCCGUUUCCCCUCCUGUGUCAAAAAUACUGUGUUAGGAGUGGUUACGACAAUAGUCCAGCGGGAUCAAACUCACGGCUUCUUGGUGUGAAGGUUUUAAAGCUAUUGGCUUAAUUUAAAUAUAUAAAUUAACGACGUAUGAAUGUAUACUGUGGUUGUUUAGUCAAAAAUCUUAGUGUUGUGUUUUUUAACUAACCUCAUAGACCCAUUCGCUCAAUCUAUCUCGUAUCUCGUAUAUAUACGUAUCUACUCGUACGUAUCAUUUACGGUAAAAUUAUGAUUUAGAUUUCCAAAAAACUAGGAAACCAAAGUCUAUCGAUCUUUUGACUAAUGAAAUUAAAUAUGUAAAUAAAAUUGAUUUAAUUCAGAUUACAUUUUUUUCAGAUUGAACAUAAAAAUGCAAUGUUUUUGUAUAUUAUGCCACAGGUUCUAUGUUGUACCUAAUUAAUAAUGGAUAUCUUUAAUGAUACUGUAUGGAUGUACGAAAUAAAUAUUGACAUUGAAAAAAAAUAUGAUUUAAAUACAUUUUAAAUUAGAUAACUAAUUCUUAUUUUUACAUUUCAAUGAAUAUUUUUAAGACAUGAGUAAAAUAAAUGUGUCAUUUACUUUAAAUGAAUGUUUCAAUAAAAUUUCAUUUGAUUUUUGAAUAAAUGUAAAUGUCAUUUUUUCUUACAGAAAUGAAAGUUGUUAAGUCAAAUUUAACAAAAAAAAAUUUUUAAAAAACUAGUCCUAUAAAGUUCAUUAUUAUUAUUAAAAGCAAUGUAAUUAACAUUGAAUCGUGUGUAAAAUAAAAUUUUAAAAGUGUAAUAUGUCAAUAUUUAUUUUGAACAUCAAAAAUCACAGCAAUAAUAAUGCAAUAGGUGUUGUAGAUUUUUGAUUUCUCGUACCGCUAGUUUGAUGUUUAGAGAGUGUCUUUCAUCUCGUUAUUUUUUUUUUGUACUGGUAAAAAAGCGUAUUUUAAAAUCUGUUCAAUUUCAAAUUUCUUACUCUAUGAUCGUUUUACGUAAUUUAUAAGACUCUGAAACUAUUCUUCUUUUAUGCCUGACUUCAAAAAAAAGGAGGAAAUUCUCAAUUUUACUGUAGCUGUGUUUUUUUUUUGUAACACAUAUUCUUUUUCCCUCCUUCUGAGUCGCCUUAAUAAAAGUUGAACCGCUUCUGAAAAGUAACUAAGAUAGAUAGAUAUAUUCUUUAUUGCACAUAAAAAAACAAUAUUCAUCAAGUAACAAAAUAAGUAAGUAUAAAUAUGCACAAAGGCGGUCUUAUCGCUAAUAGCGAUCUCCUCCAGACAACCCGCAAUGUAAGAAUCAAGUAAUAGUAACUUCUUAGUAAACACAUAACAUUUCCAGGUCUGUUCUGGUGUUCCUUUUUUAGACCCCAAUUGUGGAACAAUCUCGACAUAUAGAUUGUGAUGCCUACACACGGUAAAGCCAUUCCAAAUGUUCUUUAUACAUACAUACCUAUUACAUACAUACUUUAUACAUACAUAAUAAUGCUACCGAACUAAAACAAUGCGCAAUUUGUAGCUCAAAUUAAUAUUAUAACAAAAUGUCACGACGAUUUAAAAAUAUCUACAUGAAUACUCAUAGACCAACUUGAAGAACAACAAAUUAAAAUGAAUUUUACCGUUAAUUCAAUUACUCGUAAUAAAGUUUCUGAUCAAAAUAAAAGUCAUGUUAAAGGUUUACGAGUUAAAGUCUAGUAAAGCUAUCAAAUCGUAAAUAAGGACACGAAUAAAGAUAUGCGCUAAAGAAUAAAAAUAAUUUAGAAACAACCAUGAUUAGUAAAUCAAAAUUUGCAAUUGAACAGAAUAUUUAACGUAUUUAUAUAUAGUAAACUAUCGCACACUUUUCCCUUUAAUAUUAAAUGAUUUUGUGUAGUGUUUCCCCUCCUAUUUUCUAUUCUACCGUCCAUCGAUGUUGUCAAGUAGAGAUAGACUGGUUGUCACUGAUACGAUGCUCUGCUUGCGUGGAGUGCAUUGUUGGUCAUUCGAAUCUGAGCUUUAAGACGUUGGAAGCAGGUGCAUUUUUAAACAAUCAUCAUCAGCAUCACGAUCAUCAAUCUAUAUAUAAAUGCCUCACUUUAGGGCAAUUCUCCAUACAGAGUAAUUAAAGGAGGGUAGAGCUUGAAUAUUAUUGAAGACCUCUGAACUGAGCUGAAAACCAAUCUAGUUGAUUCAACAACAGACCUCAGGAACAACUGUACCUGACAGCCGUGUAGGCAUUAUACAAGAUAAACAAUUGAGAAUUUAGAGUCACAAUAUUUAAAUGCGAGUUUGCCAUUGGUGAUAAUGAUUGACAUAACGAUGACUAUCAAGGGAUGAUGGCUCAAAGAGUUGUCCAAGGCUCGAGGGAACAUCCUUGUAUCUCGGAGAGCACGUUUAGUAAGUCCUGAUUUUGAUAGUUGCCAUAACAGAGUUAGCAAUUAAUAGCCAGAGUAGAUAUCUUACUACGAGUAUGACUGUGUACCCGCACCAGGGUACCCUAACCAUGACAAUCACUUCGAAAGCUACACGAAUAAUAAAAGAAAAACAAAACUGGAUAUGGAAAACGUUUACAAUAAUAUAAUUCCAUAAACACCAAACUGUAUCGUGAGACAAAAUUGUCUUACCGCCAUCUAGAAUCGAUCAUGUCAAACUUUAUACUGUGCAAACAUUAUUCACAAUGAUAAUUUGUUAUACUGAUCUAAACACACCAAGUCCUCCAACCCGCAUUGGAACCACGUCGUAGUAAGCAAUUUAAUGAUGAUGAUGAUUAUGCUGAUUCUAAUGAUCGUGAUAAUGAUCGUGAUAAUGAUGAUGAUGAUGAUGAUGAUUAUGAUGAUGAUUAUGUACGAAAGACGACUUAAAUGAAACUUAUAUUUGCCGCAUUGCCGUACGCAAUCGGAGUGUCGUCGGUUGGUGUUGACCUUUAUUUUGCUCAGAUUUUCAGUUUAUUUUUCUACCUUUCGAUUAUCUUAACGACGUAUACAACGCACACGACGAUAUUUUCCGUAGUUUUCACCGGAGCUUUGUUUUAUUUUUUGGUAAAAAAAAAAUUGUAUGUGAUCUUGUGAACUUACUGAGAAAAAAAAUGACGACCACGUAUGAUGUUAGUGAUUUUACAUGACGAUAUUUUUCCCCGUUUUUGUAUUUUUAUUAUUGAGAUAAAAAAAGAAUCUAUCCUUACGCGACUUUUACAUGAUAUAUAUCGUAAUGUGAUGUUAAGAUGUUUGAUGAUAUUUCUAUGUUUUGACUGGCCGGUGUCACGGGACAUCUACUGAAUGGAGACAGCUGGUGAGAGGUUAUUGGACCGAGAGCUAGAUAUCUCACUUUAGGAAGACAUGAAUUUUGUCAGCCUAUUGUAGGUAAGAACGGUAGACAAUUAUGGAAGGUGGCCGUAGUGGCUUUGGAUAAAGAUGCUUGGAGGCCAUUAGAUCAGCUUCCACCUUCACACAGGAAGUAAAAUAUAUAAGUAAUUGUAAUGGUUUUAACUAUUGUACAUUAUAAUAACGAACCUUUUUUUAAGAGCAGUUGGGUUCUUUUGGUUCUUCUCAGUAGAACCUGCCUUUCAAACUGUGCUUGCAAAAGUGCUUGUAAACUAAGUCUACCAAAAGUAAAUGAAUUUUAAUUGUUUUAUUUUUAGUUAUUAGGUUUAAAAUGUGCAUAUCCUCAAUUGUCCUAGUAUAAAACGUAUUUUUUUUCUGGGAUUCCCGUGGCAAGCCUUAACGAUCUCUUGAAAAAAUAUUUACCAGUGUAUUUCGAAGGGUUGCCACAAAGCUAGAUGACUGGCAAUUGGAGACAUGAUUUACUAUAUACCGAGAGAAGUAUAAAUAAAAACAUGCGUUAUACAUAGACGGUUGAAGGUCCUUUGACCUUCUACCCUUCUAAAGCUACCACAGUUCAAACUCCAUAAUUGGCUAACAUACUAUGGCUAUGUAGGUGAAUGGGCUGACAGGCUUUCAACUUUCACACAAUGAAGUGUCUGGCUAUCGAAGGAUAUCGGUCUGUGGUCUAAGACAAAUUCCGGGACCCAAGAGUGUGGUAUAUGUCAAAAUACGAAACAACCCGUGACAAGCCGGUCUUAGGAUAAAUUGUUCAAAAUUUUCUUUCUUUUUGUAUCUUGUUUCGUCCCCCUUUCUUUCCUUGAUUAUGAUUUAAGUCGUUAAAUUUAGAAAUAUAGUGAUUUAAAUGAAAUAGUGAGUUAAAAAUGUAAUUAUAAGUCUUCGCUUGUUGGUUAAUUUGAAUGUUUUUUAUGUUAUGUUUUGUGAAAACAAUUCUGUUGAUGCGUUACUUCGGCGUCCGGGAGAAAUUGUUUUGCGUUUUUAUUUUUGAUCUUCAAAAGUAAAUAUUUAAUUUUUGUAUAUUCCUGUUACAAAUUUUGGUGUAAAUUAAACACUAUGUUCAUUUAUUCAAAAAAUAAAUGAAUGUUUUAGUGACUUAUUGAAAAAUGAAUGUUUAAUUACAUUUAAAAAUGAAUUAAUGUUUUAAUGAAUGAUUUAAAAAAUCGUGUUUAUUUAAAAUUAAAACAGAAUAAUUUCAUAAUCUUUUUACUUCGAAAAUAUUAACUAAACAGAAAAAUAAGAGAAAUUUUAUCUGACAUAAAAAUGCAUUUUCACGAUUCAUCUUACAAAUCUUUAAGGAAUAUAAAAAAUAUCGACAUUUUUAUUUUAAUUUUAAUAAAUUCAAUAAAACUGAAUAGGCUGUACGGUCAGCGACCUUUGCCGUAGUUGCCUGUGGAGUAAGAGGAUGAAAUUAAAAAAAAAAACCGAAACAAUAUUUCCCGCUCGCCGCCAUUUGUUGAUUUUGACUGUUCUUAAUUUAAAAAGUUAUCGAAAUGAGAAUAUACUUAGUACAUAAAGGAUAUGUUACUCCGUACCUACCUAUAGGUUAAAACUAGUCUAUAAUAUAUAUAAGUGUAACAAUUAUAAGGAAAGAUAACAACUGAAAUAAAGAAGA